AAAAUAGCAGAAAACAAGAAAAAUAGCAGGACAGCUUCUUUUACGCCCCCAGCGUUAACAUUCCCUCUCUCUCUCUCUCUCUCAGAUACAGAAAAAACGCACGAGAAUCGAUUCUCUUGCAGCGUAGAAACCCAGAGACGACGGGAUCUGCGUCUCUUGAUGACUGCAACCCGACAGCAUUCUUCUCCGUCAUUGACUAUUUUGGACCUGAAGAUAACAAGAAAAGCGAGGUUGAUUUGGCAGAAGGCUUUGCUUUUUGAAUCUUGAAAAGGAAAAGGAGUAAAACAGAGAACCGCUUGUUUUGGUGUUCUUGGACUAGAAGCGGGGCGAGCGAUGUUGCCUAAGAGUGGUGACCAUCAUACAGUCCCAUUGUCGGUAUUGUUAAAGAGGGAAUCCGCCAAUGAAAAGAUUGAGAGGCCUGAAAUUUCGCAUGGCCAGGCCAGUCAGAGCAAGAAAGGCGAGGACUUCACGUUCAUUAAGACCGAAUGCCAACGGGUAUUGGGUGAUGGGGUCACCACAUAUUCCGUCUUUGCGUUAUUUGAUGGCCACAAUGGAUCUGCAGCUGCCAUAUAUUCCAAGGAGAAUCUCUUGAACAAUGUCUUGAGUGCUAUUCCUCCAGAUCUUAGCAGUGACGAAUGGGUCUUGGCACUACCCCGGGCUUUGGUUGCAGGCUUUGUGAAAACUGAUAAAGAGUUCCAAGAAAGAGCACAAACGUCGGGAACAACUGCCACCUUUGUAAUAAUUGAGGGAUGGGUCUUAACAGCUGCAUCAGUUGGUGAUUCUCGUGGCGUCUUUGAAUCUGCUGAAGGGGCAAUAUAUUACCUGUCAGCAGACCAUAGACUUGAAUGCUGUGAAGAAGAGAGGGAAAGAAUAACUGCAAGUGGUGGUGAGGUUGGUCGGCUUAAUACUGGUGGUGGCACAGAGAUUGGCCCCUUGAGAUGUUGGCCUGGUGGGUUGUGUCUUUCACGAUCUAUUGGAGAUAUGGAUGUUGGAGAGUUCAUAGUUCCUGUACCUUAUGUGAAGCAAAUAAAGAUAUCGUCAUCUGGUGGCAGGCUUAUUAUUUCAAGUGAUGGUGUUUGGGAUGCGUUAUCUGCGGAAACAGCUUUCGACUGUUGCCGAGGGAUGCCAGCAGAUGCUGCAGCUGCACAGAUUGUCAAAGAAGCCGUACAUGUUAAAGGUCUUCGAGAUGAUACAACCUGUAUUGUAGUAGAUAUACAACCUCCGGAGAAGCCCGAGCCUCCGAAACCACCAUCAAAGAAGCAAGGGAAACGAGUCUUUAAGUCUAUGUUCCGCAAAAAGCAUUCAGAAUCAUCUUCUCAGGUCGACAAGGAAGAAUAUUCUGAGCCAGAUGUGGUCGAGGAACUCUUUGAGGAAGGCUCUGCUUCACUUUCAGAAAGGUUGGACUCAAAGUACCCCGUCUGCAAUAUGUUUAAGCUGUUCAUGUGUGCCGUCUGCCAAGUAGAAAUAAAACCCGGAGAAGGCAUUUCAAUACACGCAGGAACAGCUGAUCCAAGAAAAUCACGGCCUUGGGAUGGCCCUUUCCUUUGCUCGAGCUGCCAAGAGAAGAAAGAGGCCAUGGAAGGGAGAAGACCUUCUGGAGCAUCUAGAUACAGUAGUGGAAGUGAAUAGUGAAUCUCCUCAAGUGAGUUCCAACCCGUUUCUUCUAACGUUCCCAAAGCUGAUCGUUACUGAGAAGGCCAACGUGUAGGACAAGACGAACUCCCUUCGUGUCUCCAUAAGCUGUGAGGGUAAAUUGGACCCUUUUGUGAAUAACUAAAUCACCACCAGGAUCUUCCAGAUUCAGCUUGCUUUUGUGACUAGAAGAUUGGAAUUUGUGAAUUUUGUAGCGAGUUUGAACAGUUGAUUAUGAUGUAUAAUAUACUGGGCACCCCUUCAUCCGAUCUCAGAUAACUUAUUCUCCUUACUUACAGUUACCUUUGAUCAAUUAUUCGUAAACUGUUGUUCUUGGACAGAGCUAACACAAGUGAAAGCUAUCCUCGUUGUAAUAUUUUGUCAUGUAGAAUGUUUGGCUAGAGUGUUAGGAUUCUUCUUAUCUCA